GAUUUCAGAUCCGGCAAGGAAGGCACGCCGAAGGAAUACUACACGCUCGAGUGUCUCCUGUUCCUGCUCAAGCAUGUCCAGCUCACGCAUCCGGUUUACGUGCGCCAGGCGGCGGCGGAGAACAUCCCGGUGGUGCGCCGACCCGACCGGAAGGACCUGCUGGCGUAUCUCAACGGCGAGACGGCGACGUCGGCGGCCAUCGACAAGUCGGCGCCGCUGGAGAUCCCGACGCAGGUGAAGCGCGCCGCCGAGGACGGCCUGGAGAGCGGCUCGUCGAAGAAGCCGCGUUUCGAGGAGACCCACGUGCAGAAGGUGAAGGAGCAGCUGGCGGCUCGGCUGGACGCGCCUAAGGAAGCCUCCGUCACGGUCGACAACAUCAAAUCCCUGUCGGAGGCGAUGUCGGUCGAGAAGAUCGCGGCGAUCAAGGCGAAACGGCUGGCGAAGAAGCGCACGACCAUCAAGGAGAACGACGACAUCGGCAUGGGCUCGGAUCUCCGGGUGAUCCUCGACAUGGACGUCGACGACACGAAGGACAUCGUGUCGCGCGAACGCCAGUGGCGGACGCGCGCGACGAUACUGCAGAGCAGCGGGAAGAUCUUCGCGAAGAACAUCUUCGCGAUCCUGCAGAGCAUCAAAGCGCGGGAGGAGGGCAGGCAGAAGGGGGGCGGUCCGGCCGUGCCCACGCCGAUGGUGACGCCACGCUCGACGCCGAUGCGACCGCUGCCGCAGCCAGCUGUCUACAAUCGUUACGAUCAGGAACGCUUCAUCCGGCAGAAGGAGGAGACGGAGGGCUUCAAGAUCGACACGAUGGGCACGUAUCACGGUAUGACCCUGAAAUCGGUGACCGAGGGCACGAAUCCGGCCUCCGUGAGGAAACCAGCGGCGAGCAACAAUCCGUCCUCCGGCACCGGCAACGCGCAGAACUCCUCCUCCGGCGGUCUGCUGCCGACCUCCGCCGCGAAGCUGACGGCGCAGCAGGCUGCGCAGAACAAACGGCCGAGCCGCACCCCCAUCAUCAUCAUUCCCAGCGCCAACACCUCGCUCAUCACCAUGUACAACGCCAAGGACAUACUGCAGGAUCUCAAGUACGUCAGCAACGAGGACAAGCGCGGCCAGGGCUGCAAGCGGGAGAACGAGGUGUUGCUGCAACGUCGCAAGGAGGGCGGGCUCACCGUGCCCUACCGGGUGGUCGAUAAUCCGCAGAAGCUCACCAACGCCGACUGGGAGAGGGUGGUCGCAGUCUUCGUGAUGGGACCGGCGUGGCAGUUCAAGGGCUGGCCGUUCGACGGCAAUCCCGUCGAGAUCUUCUCCAAGAGUACGUAUCACGGGUGAUUGCUGGAUUUUGAUUCAGUUACGCGGGUCGACCAUAACAUCUUUCAUCCCUGUCUCCUCCAGUUCAUUGUGUGUUCAU